GUCAGAGAGUAGUAAAAUAAUGGUUUCCUACUUAUUUAUUGUUGUAUAAAUAAUUCUAUUAAAAUAAAAUUGUUUUAAGUAUUGGUUAUAUUGCGACUGUAUUGUAAUUUUAAAAUAAAACCGAUAGUUAUCCACCCCUGUUUAAUCAAUGGAGUAUUCCAUCAUGGACACCAUUCGCUUUCGUUUCUUCUAAUAUAGCCAGGUCUCUGGUUUUAAGCAACAUGAGUGAGCUGAAAGACUGCCCCCCUUUAAAGUACUAUGACUUCAAGCCUGUGGAACACGUCAAGGUGUGUCCUCGCUACACGGCCGUCCUGGGACGCUCAGAGGAUGAUGGGAUUGGUAUCGAGGAGCUGGACACGUUGCAGCUGGAGCUGGAGACUCUCCUGUCUUCAGCUAACCGCCGCCUCCGAGCCCUGGAGGAGCAGAGACAGAUUCUCACAGACUGGCAGGAUAAGAAAGGAGACAAGCGCUUUCUGAAGAUGGGAAAAGACCCUGACCCCACUGCGUCGUCACGCCACAAGCCUAAAAAGCAGAAAUUAGAUGGCAAAAGUAGUCACGGGCAAGGCCCAGGUCCUGGCAGACCUAAAUCCAAAAACCUGCAACCUAAAGUCCAGGAAUAUGAAUUUACAGACGAUCCACAAGACGUUCCUCGCACCCCUAAAAAUGAUGUUCCCAACAGAUUCUGGGCUUCUGUUGAGCCGUACUGCGCAGACAUCACAAAUGAAGAGAUUCGGUUGCUCGAAGAACUUCUAAAACCACCAGACGAUGAAGCGGAGUACUUUAAAAUUCCAGCAUUAGGAAAACACUACUCACAGCGAUGGGCUCAAGAGGAUCUGCUGGAAGAGCAAAGAGAAGGGGCUCGGGCUAACGAAAAAAAGAAGAGUCUUUUGGGUGGUCCUCUGUCUGAGCUUGAUGCAAAAGAUGUGGACUCGUUGCUGAAGAAGUCCGAGUCCCAACACGAGUCUCCGGAAGACGGCUGUCCAUUCGGCCCUUUAACGCAACGUCUGCUCCAGGCUCUCGUGGAGGAGAACAUAAUAUCCCCAAUGGAAGAUUCUCCUAUACCAGACAUUUCAGGGAAGGAUGCCAAUGAUGGAGCUGGGACAUCUCCACGAAGCCAAGGAAAAUCUUUUAGCGCUCCUCACACACGUUCCCUGGAGGCCCGUAUCAAAGAGGAAUUGAUUGCCCAAGGACUACUGGACUCUGAAGAGCGACCUGGCCCGGGCGGAGAAUGCGAGGACGAGGUUCUGGUGGAACUCCAAAAGAGACAGGCAGAGCUCAAAGCCCUGAUCGCUCACAACAAAACCCGCAAGCAGGAGCUGCUUAGGUUGGCAAAAGAGGAGAUGCGAAAGCAGGAGCUGAGACAGAAAGUCAGGGUGUCUGACAACGAAGUCAUGGAGGGAUUUCGGCGAAUCAUGGCAGCCAGACAGAAGAAGCGAACUCCAACCAAGAAGGAGAAAGACAUGGCAUGGAAAGCUCUGAAGGACAGGGAAAAUAUCCUUAAGUUACUGGAUGGCUAAAGGAAAGAUGACCCCAAAAAAUGGGAAAUAGAAUUCACAGACUUCAGUCACACACUCCUACAUUCUGAACUUACUCAUUUCUGUCCGUUUCAAUUGGAGAGCUCAAAGUAAAUGAUUUCUUCAGUGCCAUUGAUGGCUCCCCCAAGUCAAAAUGGAUUGGACAUCUAACUCCGUCAAUGGUAGUGAAUGAUUUAAGAAAAUCUAGCUCUGUACAUGAUGGGCAUUUCUCUUGCUGUUUUUCAUUGGUAUAUCACACAUGCAUAUCAGUGUUUGUAUAAAUAAUGACUAAUUAAAGUUGUUGUAAUGAAAUGUAAAGUAUUUUUCUUUUAAGUACAAUCAUGUGGCUCUUUUUUA